AUGGUAUUGCGCUCAGAGUCCAAACUAUUGGUAACCAAUUUACCAACCGAUCGGCGCCCUCUGGACAUUAAGAGGUUAUUGCACCGCAUGUCCAACAACUGCGGCGGCAAACGGAUCUCAGUGCAGGCGGACACCGGCGACGCCACUAUCCGUUUCGUCUGUGCGGACGACGCCCGACGCUGUCAGCAGAGACUCCAGGGGUCGGACGUAUUCGGCCGUAAAAUCGACGCCAUUUUACUCGUCUGUGAUACUGAAAGCAGUGAUACAUCCGAUUCGCAUCAAGAAGCGGAUCCCAUUCCUCCUCAGUCAUCAUCGCUUGUCGUCAAAACACAUCGCAUCGAAACGCAUACCGACUCUCGACGACCAGUUAUGUCGCCGCCAUUUAGACGAUACAGACCGAGGGUUGUCUCUCAUUCAACGCCACCCCCACCGCCAGUUCCCUCACUUCAGCUCAACGAACUGAUGGCUUUCUGUGUGGUUCACAGUCGCAAACGGGUGGCCAAUGGCCUGACGUCGUAUAACUCGCACAAACAGACGCUGCCUAACGUCCACAUUCAGAUCCCGGUGCUGGCCAGUCGUAUACAUCAUUUGUUGGACACGCACGCCGGCGCUCUACCGCUUAACUCAUUUGUUGACUGCUAUUCCGCCGAAUUUAACGAAGUCUUUGACACGAGUACUGAGCCGUUGGUGGCGUUGGAGCACCUGAUCUCAUGUGUGCCGGGCGUCUGUGUGUCGAUCGCGCCGUCCACUUGCCUGAAACGGGUCACAUGGAUACCGAACCGAUCGACCGAAUCACGCGUUGGCUCAGACGUGGCGACCGAUAGGGCGGCGCACGUAUGCUCACAGCUGAUCCACUUCGGCAAAGAGAUCCGCGAGCUGUUGAAGAGCCAAUCGCACGCCACCAUCGCGUUCAACAAGUUUGUGCCGGCUUAUCACACCCACUACGUGAAGCAGCUGUGUGUCGGCAACUACGGGUGCCUCAAGUUGGCCGACCUGUUGGAGGAGGUGCCGCACAUCGUGCAGGUGUACGGCGAGAACGACGGCCGUAUGAUAACGUUGACGCACAGGGAGCAGACCAAACGGUUUGCCGCCGAUCUCAUCAAAGUCUUAAAGUAUCAAAAUGGGGGUCGGAUUCGGUUGAGUGAGUUCCCCGCCGCCUAUGCCGUGGCGUUCGGCCACCCCUUCGAUGUGAGCGCGUAUGGCGUCUGUUGUCUCGAGGAUAUCCUCCACGACGUCUGGGAGGGGACUGUCAUUAUCACGUCGUUCGGCACCACUGACCAGUGGCUGGAGAUUCCGCGACGCGAGCGCACUGGUGAGCAGAUGCGACGGACAGUGAUGUUUGGCGCCGAAGUGGUGGAGCUGUUGAAGUGCUCGCGCGAAGUGAUGGACUUUAAGGUGUCGUUCUCGCAGUUCAUUCCCUGCUAUCACCGCUACUUCAACCGUCAGUGUCGUGUCAACGACUUUGGGUUCACGAAACUCAUCGAACUUCUGGAGGAACUGUCGCCUCAAGUGAUCGAAAUACAGGCCAACGACACGUACGGCGAGAAGCAGUUGCGCCUGUCGUAUGACAAUCGACUCAAAGCAUUGGUGUAUCGAUUUGAGGCUGUGCUGAAGCAACUGACCGGCCAUUCGGCUACUAUUAGCGACUUUGAACGCCAUUACCGACGAAAGUAUAACACGAAUAUCGAUUACACGGAGUAUUACUCAUACGAUUUGAUUGAAUUGGUGGGCAAUAUGCCGGCCAACAAGUUCCGGAUCAUUACCACCAGAAGCGAUACUAAGAUAUCGCUGAUCGACAGCACAUUCUUCAGAUAUGUGGCUAAACGGGUGGUCCGGAUGCUGAUGGAGGAGUCGACGGGAGAGAUGCCGUGCGAACAACUGGACGCUCGAUAUAUCAGCGAAUUCGGUGACUGUCUGUCGCAGCAUAUAUUCAGCGGCGGAGCCUAUGAGGACCUGCUGUUUGUGGACAACAGCACCCGCACAGUAAGGCUGACCGAUAUGUCUCUAUUCGCUCGCAAUUGCAUCGAAUCGAUGCAAACGUCGCAUAAGAAGAAGUGGACUCUGGAUGAGUUGGACCGAGAGCUGUACCGCCGCUUCAACCGACCCCUCCCUCAGCCAACGUUCUUCAAGUGUCGCUCAUUCCCAGAGCUGUUCGCGAAGUUCUUCGAGUACUUCCACGUGGAGAAGCGAAAGACGGGAAAGCCGUUGCUGUUGGUCGCACUGGACGUGAGUUUCGCUCGAAGACCACUAGUCGUCAAACCGCCGAUCUAUCAAAUACUGAAACGCCCGGCUCUACCAGCGCCGCCGCCGCGAGCCGUGCCUGCAAUCAAAGCCUCUUUCGUUGAUGUGAUGAAUAGCGAGAUAUCAGAAGCGCUUCCACUGCCAGACCUGUUGCCCGAUGUCGACGAGAGUUGUUGUAAUGAUUUGAUUGAGUUGUCCUCGAAGUCUAGUGCCGUCUCUUCUGAUGUGGAGGUUUGCGAUGAAGCGCUGGAGUUGGCCUCCAAUCAUAUGUCAGGUGCGGACAGUUGUUUCAGCGAUGGUAAUGAUAAUUGGGAUAACAGUGAGAGUGAAACGGCUCUCUCGUUGUGUUCGACUGCCGACACUCAGAGCCGACUGAAUACCUUUUCCAAUGGCAUUAGGCGGCGCCGAAAGGGACACAACGUUCUCUUGGAAUCGUUGGAACCGUUGAGAAACAUGUAG